CCUAAGUUUUUUUUUACAGCAAUACCUCGUUCCAUCUAUGUAGUUCGAUAAAAUUUUGUCUGCAACUCUGCAAUUGCGUUUCUAAUAUUGCAAAAAAUACUGCUUGGAGAAAGAAGUAUUAAGUUCGUAUAUAAUUAAAUCUUGAAAAAAAAGUACCAAAAUGCAAGGUCUUAGCCUUCAAAGCUUAAAGAAACACAAGGCGCUGAUUCCUCUCUACGUGUGUGUGGGCCUGGGCUGCGCUGGGUCCGUAUUUUACCUGGCGCGCUUGGCGUUGCGCUCUCCCGACGUUUCAUGGAACAGGCGCACCAACCCCGAGCCCUGGCAAGAGUAUAGGAACAAGCAGUACAAGUUCUACUCGCCCAUCAGAGACUACUCGAAGGAGGAAUCGCCCGCACCCAAAUACUAAAUCAACAUUCUUCUUAUAAACGUUGUGUUAUAAAUUAGAAACUUUAAUUUAAUAAAUAGUGAUAUGUGAUAUCGUAUUUUA